AUGUCAUAUUCACCACCACAAUAUCAUCUGUCAAUCGUUAGUUUCGAUCCAUCUGUGGGCAAAUCGUGUUUGUGCAAACGUUUGAUCGAUUCAAAUGUUGAUAAUUAUCAAGCAUUUCUUUCGAGUUCGAAUCAGAAGAUUUGGCCAUGGUUUUAUUGGGGUUCAAUCAAACACCGACGACUUGAUGAAAAACGUGAAGGUAUUUUUCAUUUAUUUGAACAUGCAUCAAUCGAUACAACGCAUCAUGAAGCAUUUGAAACUUACUGCAAACGAAUAUCAGUUUUAACACUACGCACCGACGAUCGUAAAACCUUUCCGAAAGAUAAAGUUCCUAUCGAAGCAUUUCUCUGUCUCUACGAUCUAUUAUCCAAUAAGCCCCUUGCUGAUUUUCUUGUUUUUCUUCAUACGUUAUUAAAAACUCGUCGUCCGAUCAUUCUCGUUACAACCAAAAAUGAUUUAACUCCUAAUCAAUCUGCUUUAUCUGUACAAUUCGAACAUUCGAUAUACAAUUCAUUCCCUCAGAUUCCCGUCAUUCAUACCUCCGCACAUGAACAUGUGAAUAUUCAAUCCGUACUCGAACUUGCGCUGUACGCAUGUGACGAAACAACUCGAAAGGCUUUUCAUACGAAAUAUCUUCCACCAAACUACAUCGAUGCUUACAAAAACGAACAAUCAUUGAAACAUGUUAUUCAAACUGAAUAUCGAGCUUUACUAAGUCGACAUGUUCCUGAUCUUCGUAUCGCUUCGUGGGAGAAAUUCUACGAUCGAUGGCAACAUCACACAAGUGUGCAAACAUUCAUGGAUAUGUUUGGUAGAGAACAAGCGCAAUGUUUGUACAAUGAACAUAUUGAAGAAUUGAAAAAGAUCUGUCGACAAAAACUAAUCAAUGAACGACUAAUUCCGAUUAUUGAAUUGCUUUUAAAUGAUUCGAAAACGAAACUAUCAAGAGAUUGGAAUUAUGUUCGUUUACAAAUGCAAAAACAUUCCCAUUAUUCGUCAACUGUGAUACCAUCUUCAAUGUGGUCAGAUUAUGAAUGUAAUAAUCCAACAAAUCCUCUUAUCAUUCCUGAAGAUCUCUUAGAUACGUCUGAAGCGCGUAUUUGUUUCGAAUCUUAUAUGAAUACUCGUCAAGUAGAACAAAUUCGUCGAGGCAAUUGUCGAUCAUUUUUUGAUUUAUUAAAACGCUUCUCUGAAGCUGGCCUUGUCCAUUACGGUGACUCCUAUGAUAAAGAUAGUGUUUAUUUUUUGGGCCGCGAGUGCUACGAAUCGUUAAGUGGACAAGAUCGUCUACGAGUGUUUGCAUUCCAUCAAUCUUAUUUGUAUCAUGUAAUCUGUUUGCAAUUUGUUGAAUUACUAUUUGAAUCGUUGGAAAUCUUUACAACGACGUUCGAGAAAAUGAAUCGAGCAACGAAAAUUUCCGUCGAGAAGUCCGAAAUGAAUAGCAAGACAACGACUGUAACCAUUGACGACAUAUUUCAAAAGGAAAUUAUCGAGCAUAUUAAACAUGACGCAAGAUACCAAUCAUUGAACAAACGUGAAUCAGAUCGACAUCGGCUAAUCAUGUGCCAUUGUCAUUUUCUGUACGAUAGUAUUUACUAUCCAUCAUUGAAUUUGAAUCGACUAUUGAAACAACGUCGACGAUCAUUUAAACAUCGAAAAUCAUCCGCGAUUUCAUUGACAAGUAACGUCAGUGUGGAUGAGAACUUCUGUCCGUACACUCGAAUAACGAUUUCCAAUGAUGAUAAUGAAGGAAAAUCGAAGAAGAAAUUGGAAAUUGCUUGUCCAACGGAAAACAGUUGUGCAGAUAUUCGAAUUCUCAAUGAAAUUUUACUGAAACUCAAAUUAAAAAAUCGGAAUAAGAAUAUCCUAAUCUGUGGUCAUGACAAUGAUAUCCAGCACUGCCUACGAUUAUUUUCUCAUGAAUUGACUGAUCUACCGAUCAAUCUAAUCACGUUGAAUGCUCUGCGAUCUGAAAGAAUCGAUGGUUGUCUGUUCGUCUCAGCCACUGCUCAAAAACUACUACGAGAUAUCGUUGUACAGAAAAAACUUCAUUUGAACACUGAUCAUAUGCCAAUUGUGAACUUGUAUGCUCAAUUUGAAGCAAAGUCCAUAUCAAGCGAACAACUACGAUCAGCAGUGGAACAGUUCCUAUCGACCGAUGGAUAUACGAGUCAAACUGCUGAGUCAAAACAUCUGAGAAUACUGCUUUGUUUCAUGUGUGGAAGUGAAAAGAACGAUGUGGAAACAUUCUUCUCUCAAUUAUCAUCACGAUUCUCUCUAAUGAUAAGUAAUCAAUCAACAUUUCUGUUUCAUACAUUACUCGGUCGAUCAAAUCGAAAAAUCGAACUCGUUCCUGUUUCUUUUCACUCAUUAUUUGCGAUGACACUGACGGAAUUCGAUGGAUUCAUCCUUUUUUACGAUCGAGAUCGAAAGGCAGCUCUGAAUACUAUGAUGUAUCUGGAAAAACAUAUUUCGACAGUUCUACAAAACGAACUUCAGGAAAACGAACCUGACCAACAGAAUAUCAAUGGAACAAUCAUCAUACGUCCGCCUAUAUAUAUUCUCUCGUGUGUCAAAGACGCGAUACUAUCAAAUAUCAAAAGAUAUUCGACGAAUAUUCCGCAAACUGAAUAUUGUGUGCAAUGCCACAGCGGAACAAUUCGAAAUUUUCUCGAAGAACAUUUUGUGCCUUUUCUCAAUCAAUGCUGGACUUGCAAGCAUGGAAAUACAUCUGUGAAUGAUCAUUAUCAUUGUGAAGAACUUCUUGCUGGUGUUACAUCUUAUUUCGAUCGUUUUACUCAAUCAUCAACAAAUGAUGUUAUAACAUCUAGUUUGGAACGAACACGUCCACCACUAAUCAAUCAACUGAAUAAUGACCGAAUCGUUUCCUUAACUCUAGCAAGUCGUUCCAAUGAAAACUCACCCAAACGUUAUCAAUCAUCAUUAACUCCCACCAAUAACGAACAAAUAUUUACGUAUCGAUCUUACCCGUAUCUAUCGAAUUCCACCAACGGAGCUGACUCUACGAUCGUUCCCACUACACCGGUAGAACCAUCGGCACCUAGUCUCUCGUUAGUGUCAUCAUCAUCGAUAUCAACAAGUUCAAUGCCAGAUUCCCAACAACAGUACUUUCAAAAAUCAACCAGCAUGCGUUUUGCGAAAUUGAUGGAACAUCCGAUUAAUCAUUUAACAUUUCAUGCAACUCGAAAUACCUACCAACCAGGAAGAAGCAAUGGCAAUUCAUUGCAAAAUCAGACGAUUAAUGAAGCUGACGAAAUGAAAUUUCAUUUGUAUAAACAUCGACCAACCAUGCAAGUGAAAGUUCCAUUAGCUACACCAGAAGUUAUCGAAUUAAAUGAAGCUACAGCAACAACUACACCGUAUUCAACGAAAGGGUACUACAAUGCAUCGUCCCCGACAUCUAAUACAAUUCGAGACGAUCUGAUCAACUCUUCGUCAUCGAUAGUUCACGACAGUGUUAUUGAAGAUUCGAUAACUGAUUCGUCGAAGCAAACCCGAGUGACGGAUUCGUCAAUCGAUAGUUCAAGCGAUGAACGAUUGAAGACAUCAUCAACAACACUACAAAACACCACCGUUACUCUGCAACGUAAAUCAUCGGAUAGGAAAAGUAAACGUAUUCGAGCGAAACAAAAUGACGUGACAGGUUCAGCUUCGAGUAAUGAAGUUCUUAAGAAGCUUGUACCUGGUUCUGAUGAUGACAUCUUGAAUCGUGAAGAUAAACGAAGUCAGAAAAAGAAACGCCGACCGAGUUUCAAACGACGAAAGAAAAGCGUUCACGAUACAACACAGACAGAUUCCGGUAUUGACUCAAGGAUGGAUUCAAAUAAAGCAAAUAAUACUCCUGAACCAUCCACAAGUAUUGUGGUAUCGAAUGAGGAUGACUCAAGUAUGGGAGAUUAUAUAAAAGAUAGCAAAAAUGCAUCUAUCGAGGAGCUGGAAGAACGACCAACAGCAAAUUGGAUUCGUCGACAAUUACAAUACUUUGCUCAAGCUAGACGUGAAGUAAGACAUAAAAAUGAAAUGAAAUCUCGUUCUUCAGCAUUAACAACGAUUACCACAGUUUCGUCGCCUCCACUUUUCAAAGCCAAUAUUUCUUCGACAUCGCCUCAGACUCAUGCAGCUCUCUCUCCAUAUUCAUCUCAUGAUAAUUCCUAUCAUCAAGUGCCAAUACGUUUAGUGCUGAGCCGUUGCAUUUUAUCCAAUGAACUAAAAAUUCCCCUGUUCGUUGAGAAAUGCGUUAUUUACAUUGAAGAACAUGGUCUAGCUAUUGAAGGACUUUAUCGUAUAUCCGGAUACAAAAAUCAAGUUGAAUUAGUCAUUAACAAACUAAGUCAAGAUCCGAAUUUCGAUUUGAACACGUUACAAAUUCCAGCAAGCGCCGUCGCCACGGCAUUUAAAGACAUGAUGAGAAAAUUAGAUGAAUCAAUUCUUUCCUUAGAACAAUUCGACGACUGUCAAACAUUGACGCUCGAUCAAUUACGUGAACAAAAUUUCUCUCCGUUGCGAAAAGCUCUUCUACGCACAAGUGAUCUGAAGUAUCGAACAAAUAAAUUCAUAUUCAAACAUCUAAAUUUUGUUUCACAGCAUGCAUCAUUAACUCACAUGGAUUCAUCGAAUUUAGCAGUAUUAUGGUGGCCAAAUCUCUUUCAACCACAAUUUCAUGAUCUACGCACAGCUGAACAAAUCUGUCAAAAAGCUAAACCAUUGACCCAAACAAUAAUCGAUAAUUAUUCAAUUAUAUUUACUUCUGAGCAACUGAAAGAGAAGAGUUAA